AUGUCAUCCGAGUUUUUUGCUGCUCAUAUGACUGCCGCAGAGGGUGAGAAGCUUUGUACAGUCGAGGCUGAGGCGGCAGUCUCUGAGACGGCCUUUGGUGUGCGAGACAUUCGGGUUGCCGAGGGGUUGCCCUUCAGCGAGUCUCUUGCUUACAUCAACCUAACCACAUUGGAGGGGGAGAAGCUCUGUGUCGAAAUCAGCGGCGCUGGUUUCCGACCCGUCGGUGUAUUCUACGACGAUGUAGUGGGACCAGUGCCACCACCUAAGCAUGAAGGUGAGGAGGAAUUAAAUUCUGGCAUGGAGAACUACGAAACCAUUUAUGCUCUCCUCUCUGCCCGAAGUUCGGGUUUUCGUCAUCGAUUCUCAGAGCGACUGGCGCAACGACUUGCACAAUUACAAGAACAACAGUUGUUGGAAGAGUGUGAGGGAGAGGAGGAAAGGAAGGAAGGAGGUGGGAAGUGA